UCAGUCUGUAAUAUUUUGUAUUCACAGCAAAAUUUGCAGAUUUCAAAUUAGUCUAAAAAAGCCGUUAAACAAAUAUUCAUGUUUCCUAAUUUUGAUUAAGAUGAAAGAAUUAUCUAUUUCCAGAUGAAUAGUUGGAAGAAACACUUAAUUUGGCGCGAUACAGGUAUAACAUGAAAGAAGAAGGGUAAUCAUCCCAUUUUGUCUUCUUCUUGUUUUGUCACAAUCCUUGAUUGUUGUUAAUGACGCUAAACUUCUUUACAUUCUGUCAGAAUGAAUUCAGUCUGUUGUGCGUUCAGCUCAAUCGAUAUAUGCUUCCUGGAAUCUUAAGACAGCCCCCGUAUUAUGAUAUAUUGCAUAUUAUUGGUCCACCAAUACUCACCUACAGUAUCGUAACAACUAGUCGUAAGAAAUAUAAACAGAAUUGUUUUCACAACUAAUUGUCAUUUUCUCGCUACCAUGGAUUCUAAUUCAAAGAUUGAUCUUUCCACAAAUGUUUGAUGUAGUUUUUAUCGUAUUACGAUAAAGCAUAAAUGUUAAAAACCUGAAAAAAAUUAGAAACCUGUGAAUUGAGGUGACUUUUGGACUUUUGAGACAUGGAUGUGAAUACGACUUUAAAUGACUCUUACUUGGUUCGUCAGAUGAUGCCUGAGCCACCAGCCUAUAUCUUCAUCCUGGCUAGUGUCUUCUAUUCUUUGACCUUCGUGAUUGGAUUCAUCGGAAACAUUUUUGUCGUUACCCUCGUAUUUGGUUUUAAGCGGAUGCAGAGUAGAAUGAACUAUUUCUUCGUUAAUCUUUCGAUAACCGACAUGCUUAUUCUGUUGGUUUGCAUGCCCUCGGCCACAGUUGAUCUCUUUGCAAAAGAAGUUUGGUACUUCGGCGAGUUCAUGUGUAAAAUGGUUCAUUACACAGAAAACGUCCUUACUCUGGCAUCUGUUAUGACGAUUCUUGCCAUUACUGCAGACCGUUUCAAGGGAAUUUGUCACCCAAUCCUUUCCAAGGGACAUUGGACCAACAUUCGUGUAUCAGUGGUCAUUGCCAUUGUUUGGAUUCUGGCCAUAGUGUGCAGUUUACCUACGUUCUUUUUCCCUGUUUUCAAAGAUUCCACAUGGGUAGAUGGUACCCCAAUAAAAGUUUGUCGAAUUCCUAUCAACAAAGAAUGGAAAGUAGGUUUCCUUCUGGCCAUAUUUAUUCUUUUCUUUGCCAUACCGUUUUUCGUACUCGCCGGACUAAUUUUCUGCAUGGGUCGCGCAUUAUUGUGGCAGCACAACCUCCAAGAAGGUCGCGCGGACAAGGAAGCUUUGUAUACUCUGAACAAACGUCGGCGGGUUGUCGUUAUGCUCAUUCUUGUUGUAGUAGCCUUCUUUUUGUGCCUCUUGCCACAACGCAUAUUGGGACUGUGGAUUAUUUUCACAGAGCGGUCAAAUUUGGCGUCUCUUGGUCUAGAGGGAUACCUAAACCUCGUUACUUUUACCCGUGUAAUGGUGUACAUAAACAGUGCCAUGAAUCCGGUUAUUUAUAACUGCAUGUCCACCAAAUUCCGUGGAGCCUUAAAGGAUCUCUGUUAUAGAAGACGUCAUUAUAAUUCCAUCAGUCGUACGCACGCCAUAACUUUGACUACCAUUCCUUCAUCAGGAUCGUGCCAUUCCACCCGCUAA